AUGGAAUAUACACAAAUAAUGACAGGAUCUAAUUUUACUAAUGUUCUGGGAUUUAUUCUCCUUGGAUUUUCAGAUGAUCCCAAUCUUCAAGGACUUCUGUUUGGGAUUUUCUUAAUCAUCUAUGUGAGUAUUCUUUUAGGAAAUGGAUUUAUCAUUGUCAUAACCAAGACUGAUUCAACUCUCCAAACACCAAUGUAUUUUUUCCUUGGAAACUUUUCAUUUUUGGAAAUUUGUUACACUUCAGUCACCCUCCCUAAAAUGCUGACGGAUCUUUGUACCAAGAAUAGAAAUAUUUCUUUCAUGGAAUGUGCUGUCCAGCUUUGUUUCUUUCUUAUUUUUGGAGUCACUGAGUGUUUUCUCUUGACUGCCAUGGCAUAUGACCGUUAUGUGGCUAUUUGUAAGCCUCUCUACUAUCCUCUCAUCAUGAACCACAAGGUUUGUGUCUAUUUGGUGAUUGCUUCUUGGAUUGGUGCAAUUCCUGGUCAGAUUUGGCAGACAUAUCAGAUUUUUUCUCUUCCCUUCUGUGGCUCAAAUAAACUCAAUCAUGCUUUCUGUGACAUCACUCCAGUACUAGAAGUGGCCUGUGGGGACAUCUCUAUGAAUGAGUCUGCCAUCUAUGCUGCUACUGUGGUAUUUGCCGUAGUUCCCUUUCUAUUGAUACUUACAUCCUACAUCAGAAUCAUUACCAGUAUCCUGAAAUUGCAGUCAUCUAAAGGGAGGCACAAAGCCUUCUCCACUUGUUCCUCUCAUCUCAUAGUAGUUUCAUUAUUCUUUGGAUCUGGCAUUAUCAUGUAUUUGCGACCAAAGUCCAGCCAUUUUGCAGGAACAGAUAAAGUGCUUUCUCUUUUCUACAAUAUGGUGACCCCAAUGUUCAACCCCCUGAUAUAUAGUUUGAGGAAUAAGGAUGUCAUUAUAGCAAUGAAAAAAAUUUUACCUACCAGUCUUGGGAAACAAUAG